UCUGCAGUGAUUUUGUUUUUGUUUGUUUUUUUUAGCUUAGUAUCCUACGCUGUCAUAAAGUAAUGUGGUGUGGUACGAUAUUUGUCUUGCUAUAAUGAUGCAUGGCCAAAAGGUUGAUUAAAAUGACUUUCAUUCGACUAUAUAAAGUAGUUGGUUCAUUGAUUCAUUGUUGGAGCUCUAGUUGCAGUCUUCUUUGCAUUCUUGAUCUUUUUUAUUUACUUUGGUAGCCUCUAUCACUCACUUUGUAUUCUACAUUAUUCUGUAUAUGCUUUUUAUUCUGUCUCUGCUUAUUUUUUAUGCUUUACUCACAGUCUGUCUUCUCUCUGUGUGUCUCUCUGCUACUGCUGUAGGCACGUAUCAGGGUCAGUGGAGUGGUGGCAUGCGUCACGGCUAUGGAGUACGUCAAAGUGUUCCUUAUGGCAUGGCUUCUGUCAUCCGCUCACCUCUACGAACUUCGCUGUCUUCACUUCGCAGUGAGCAGAGUAAUGGUACAGUACUGCGUGACAGCCUAUCCGAUAGCCCUGCUGGCACACGUGGUGGUUUUGUGCUCAACUUCCAAUCAGAUGGAGAGGGUUCAGAGAAGAGAAAGGGUCUUUUUCGCCGUGGCUCCUUUUUUGGUAGCCUUCAGCGACUACGCAAAUCUGAUUCACGCUCAUCAAUUUCUAGUAAGCGCAGUUCAGCACACAGUGACACUACUAUGAGCCGCAUCAGUUCAAGUGACGCCAACUCUACCAUUAGCUUUGGAGAUGGAGACCCUGGCGAUGACUACCUGCCUCUUGAGGACAGUGUGGAUGCUACCACCACCGAGUCGUAUGUGGGCGAGUGGAAAAAUGACAAACGCAGUGGCUUUGGUAUCUCUGAGCGGUCUAAUGGCAUGAAAUAUGAAGGCGAGUGGUUGAAUAAUAAACGCCAUGGCUAUGGCUGCACCAUCUUUCCUAAUGGGACGAAGGAAGAAGGGAAGUACAAGAACAAUAUGCUGAUCCGGGGUAUCAGGAAGCAGCUGUUCCCACUAAAGAAUACCAAGACCAAACAAAAAGUGGAUCGUGCCAUUGAAGGAGCAGUGAGAGCAGCAGCCAUCGCCAGAACCAAAGUUGAGAUUGCCAUCUCCAGGACGUCCCAUGCCCGGGUCAAAGCAGAGUGUGCAGAUCAGGCUUCACAAUCAGCCUGCCAGGAUUCUGAUAUUGCCCGAGCUGUGGCCAGGGAGCUCUCCCCAUCUUUCCAUCAGCCAGGACCCGACUACACACUGCAGAAGUACAGUGACUCGCAAGAUGUAACUGAGAAGCCCAGAGAGGAGACAAAAGAGAAAUCUCUUUCAGGGAGCCCACAUUUCUACAGGAAAGGCACAACACCAACCCAGUCUCCAUCUGCAAGCCCAGGUCCCAGCCCUAGUCCUUCACCUACUGCUGCUAAAAAGGCUUUUUACAGCAGUAAAACUCUUGCCUCUGAUGCAGCAGCGGAGGCUUUGACAGCAGGCAUAACAAAAGCAGCGUCAAAACUUUCUCUGAGACAGCAAGUAAGGCAACAAGAGGCUUCUCCAGCAGUCAAACAGUCUGCUGCCACUACAGUCAGCAGUUACUCAAGCAAUGGACAGAUUCACUCCCAGUUCCAUGGUUACCAUGUUAAAGCAACUCUUAAGAUUCAACCCCCUGAAGAACCAAUUGGUGUAGUGGAUGAUCUUCACCCAUCUGACCUUGUACACUUGCUGCCAUCACCUGUCAAACAAAUUCAACCACCAGCACCAAAACCCCUGCCAGCCCCUAUCCCUUCACAAGUUCCAGCAAAAGAUGGCACCAAAGCACAAGAGCCUCCCAAGGAACUGCAAAAAAAGGAAUCAAGCAAAUCAAGGAGCCUUGCAGAAACCAAGAAAGCCAGUAUGGAAAUGGAUCCUGAAAUUGUAGAGGACAAAUCGGGCCCUAACUCUAUCUUGGUGGUUCUUGUGAUGCUGUUGAAUGUAGGUCUAGCAAUCAUUUUUGUCCAUUUCCUCACCUGACCAAAUCUGGGCUCGGGUAAGAAUUUGCAGCUGUAUGAGUAUUUCACAACUGAAACUGGUUUGCUGUUGUGUUUAUCGUGCACUCAGGAAAGAUCAGUCAUUUAGAAUACAACCCCAAUACAAACUGUAUAUAAAAACAGAAGUGCAGUGAUCUGCAAAGCUAUAAUUUAUUCACAACAGAAAACAGAAAGAGUAGCAAAUGUUUACAAUAAGACAAUGUACCCCUUUAAGAAAAUAUUACUUUAUAAAGAAGUUAAGAUGGUGGCAAUAAAAGACUGGAAACUGUAAGUGGUACUAAAAAGAGGAACAUUUUACUAAUACAUACUAAUUAUUAUCAUUUUACAAGUAAUCAAAAAGGAGUUAUCUUUAAAAUUCUUCUAUUGCUUUAUACAGGUCCCAAUGCGUUUCCCUGCUUUGUCCCCUCUCCACUACAGUGUCAGACCUCUCAGGUCAUCAGGUGCACAUCUUUAAACUGCUCCCAGAAUUAGAUCCGAGUGUGGUGGGGGGGCUUUGAGUUACUGUGGUCCUUGUUUUUGGAACAUGAGUCCCUCUUUAGUCCAGACAUGUUUUCCACAAACGAUCUAAAGUAGGACCAUCUUGCUUUGUUACCUCUGCUCAGUUCAAAAGUCUGCAUAUCUGAUGCUAUGGGAUGCAUUAGUGCUUAUGGAAUUGGCAACGCCAUCAUCAAUGCUAAAAGUGUUUAAUAUGUGGUUCCAGCUAUAUGACGUCUGACGUUCUUGCACAUUUUUAAUUUGUUGGUGUAAACAUGAUAUUUUCUGUUGUGAAUAAAAUAUGGCUUUAUAAUAUUUGCAAAUUAUUGCAUUGCAUUUUACACAUUUUUGGAUUAAAGGCUCAUCAGUCCGAGUCAAACAUGGCGGCUGAUUACAUUCAAAACUGUAUUCACUCCACUGACAUGACUGUUAACAGAUUUUUGUUCUAUCCCUGCAUUGCACCUUCACAAUGUUACGGUUCUACAGUUCUGCUGUGGUAAUUCUUCUGUUUUCAGUUAGCCUGGAACGUUUGUGCUCCAAUUAGCAAAACUGACCCCUGGGCCUGGUUUGAAUAUAUGUUUGACACUGACGGAUGCACAGGACACGAUGGAGUAUCCAUGGAGACUCCAUCCUUGCCUCAUCCUAUGGUGAAAGGGCUACGAGGAAGAGAGAAAUUAAUAAUUCAGUAAUUUUUUUCUAAUCAUUGUAUUUUUUCAGGUUUCAGUGUAUUGCACAUCAAGUGUUACUGUGAUGCUGUGGAAAGCCAAGUGAAUAACUGGAACUGAGUGCCUAAGUAGACUGAGGGAAAGUGAAGCUUAGUUGGUUGUUUAAAGGGCAACACUGGUCUUUUUUUUAAAAAUUGUUACUACUACUAUUGUCCUACAAAAGGACGGUAAACAGCUACUAACAGUGAUGUAGCCCUUUUCUCCCGUUUUUACAGAACAUAAAACAGAACACUGUCCCACUGGGUGGCGUUCCUUUAAAACAAUGAGUUCUAGAGUUGGUCUAACAGUUACAGAUGACCAAAGCUGUUGUCAUGUUCAGACACAGUCCUGUUUACGCUGCUUUGCUUGCUUCUUGGCCCACAAUCAUGACCUAUAAACUUUAGGCCAAGAAGGUCUCGAUCAGUCGUCCAGGUAAGUAAAUCCAUCUGGAUGUAGCGUAAUUAUGUGAUUCCGCUACAUCCAGAUGAACAGAAUCAACCUUUUGGGGUUUAGGCUAAGGAUCUUUGAGAAAUUUAAGAUGUGGGGUAAAACGUCCUGACAGUCCUGUAUUUCUGACACACAGGAGCAAACUAUAUUAGUAUCAGCUAGAGUAUUCAGAAUUGUGAGGGCAGCUUUGGAUAUUAUUAAUUUCAUGAACUGUUUGUAAACAAACUGUAGUUUUCAAAUGGUUCAUAAAGAAAGGAGACUUUACCAGGUGUUGCUUUGUUAUGUGCUUUUAAUAAACUAAUAGGUGUUGGUAGAAAUAAUUAAUUGUUCACAUGAAAGUUGUGAGAAUCAUUCUGUAAAGCACACAUGGGAUCCCUCUGAUUUAUACACAGGUUUCUUUUCUUUUGUGGCUUAAAUUGGAAACCUUAAUUCAAGUACACAUUAUAGCAUUCAGUUGAAGGAAGUCUUCUGUCUCGCCAGCCGGACAGACAUAAAAACUACAAACAUCACAAAGCUUUGCUGGUAGCAGGUCGAUGCUCCAGGAAGCAAAAUAAGUACAUUUGAGUCUAUUGUAUGAUGGAUUUACCUUAACCAUCAAGUUCUGCUGCUAUUUUAAGAGCACUCCACUUUCUGUCUGCUUAUGAAACUGUGAUGUGAACAGUAUAUUAUUCAGUGUGUCACAAUGAUGACAACACUUUAACUUGAACUUUGUUUGGGGACGGGGAUGAACAUGAAUGGAGUACGAUGGGGCAGCAAAGGCUGUGUUGGUCUCAUGGAUGUGCACACAACAGCAUGCAAGAGCUUGUUUGCAGUGAAUGAAUCUCCUGUGAUAAUGCUCAGUUUAUUAGAAGAUUUGCUUCUUCCACAAAUUUGAGAUCACAUAAAAGUGGUCUCAGUGGAACUCUGAGCCAUCUAAAAUAGCAGUUGUACUGGAAGUGGUCCAGAGAUACCCAGGAAGGCACAUAUGUAUAAACCAGUGCUGUGUCUACACAUAAGACAGUUUAGCAAAGAACCAGUUUUAAAAUGUAUCUUUGCUACCAGCAGCAUGUUGGAGGGAAAAAAAACAUGAUUUGCUUCUAAUUUUUUAGUUGAAUUUAUGAAAAAAUUUGGUAAAAUGCCAAAUAUAAAACAGUUUCACAUUUAUAAAACUAAAAAUUCGAUUCAGAAUGAAACAUUUUAAAUUGUUGGUUCAAAGUAUCAUCAAUCUGUAGGAGGGGGUAAGAUAAAGGCCCCGGGGUGGAUGUUGACAGCCAUCUGUAAAACACCGUGGAUGCUCUGCCACAGUUUGGGGCUGAAGUCACUGAUGUCAUUGAUCUCGUCAGUAUUAAUGGAAUUAUGAGCAAAGAGAAGUACUGUGACAUCAUCCAGCCUCCCCACAGUCUGGACCUCAACAUUAUAAAACUGUGAAUCCCACUGACAGAGACUGGAACAAAAGGUGCUUCAGAGAGUUCAGUCUGUAUUGAGUAAAAGUCACUUUAAGCUUGUUAGAAUUUUUUCCUGUUUUUUAACCUAAUAUACUGUAUUUCCGUGUGUGUGUGUGUGUGUGUGUGUGUGUGUGUGUGUGUUUUUAAGGUAAAUGUCAUUUUUAAAAAGGAGUGACUUUACACUCUUUAUGGUCCUUGGAGAGUGAGUGUGUUUGUUGAUCUGUUCACAUCCAUUGCAUAUAAAACUUGAUAACUUGUUCUCUGCAGCAGUGACCGGACUCCUGAAUGACUUUACUCUAACAGCUACUUUUGUGACCUUGCAGUGGAUCCAUCCAGACUAGUCAGAGGGGCCUUUUUAAAAAACGACAGCAGACAGAACAGCAGACACAGACAAAACGGAGGCCUGAAAAUAGCCGGGUGGAGGAGAGGAUAAAAACACAUGGAGGAAUGAGGGGGGUGGCAAGGGAGAAAGAUGAAACCAUCACCACCCCUGGACUGUGUGAAAGUCUUUGGUGCCCAAGUCCAGCCUGAUUGGACUGUUGAUGACGUGUGACUUCAGAGUGCAGUGAAAGCUGAAGCUGGGAGUAGCUAGUUGGAAACCAGGCCUUUACCCUCAGCGAGAUGAGCCAAUGGGAGCAGAGUGGAUUUGAGUGUCGGGCCUAGCAUCUAGACUGCCCAUAAAAACCUGGAGUAUGUGCCUGUUUAGCAGUCAGUCCGACUGCUGAGUAAAUUUUCACGUUUUGAAAUGCUGCAAUAAAAAGUUUGUGCCUUAUCCAGCUGAGAUGUAAAGAAUUUGUUUUGUAUAUGAUCAGUGAACAAUAGCACGGACAUUCAGUCGUUAUGUUGCUCUUCUGUUCAGUUAGUUAGCCGUCAUUUACUUUGCACCAAGCAUACAUUGUCUAGAAGAUAACUUUGCACUGAUGCCCACUCUGCAUCGCAUGGAGUGAUUUUUACUUCAGUUCAGCAAGCACAACUCACCUUUUCUCUCACAUGUAAGUUCUCAUAAGACUGUUGUGAUCUAGCUUGUGCACAGAUUUGAUCACAUAUGUGUGUGCUUCAGCAGUUUGUGUAUGAGAGUGUGAGAGGAUGGGCAGGUGUUGGGCUGGAUAAGUUCAGAGAUGCACUUUGAGUUGAUGGAAGCCAACAGCUGCCUUACCGUUUUACAGAGUGACAUGGUAGUGGGUAAGAAUGGCUGGGCAGGAAUGUGAAGCACCAAGCUGCUUCCCUGUGCCAGCUCCUAGGAGAGCGGCUCUAUUUCUAUUGGUCUGUUUAGUGAUCUGUUCACAUCCAUUUUUAUCUGAUUCUGUCUCAGUGCCUGCUUUUUUACUUUAUUAAAACUUAACCAUAGACGAUAUUUUCAUUCACAGUCCACAUUAUUUCAUUUAAAACUGGUUUAUUGCACUUAUAGUUUUGAUCAUUAUGAUGGCUGAAUACCAGUCUGUAUAUGUUGAAUGUUAAUAUUUUAGUUGACGAAUGAAUCUGUCUUCCAGUGGGCUGAAAUUGCACUCGAACCUCCACCGAAGCAGCUCACUCUUUGGACGAUAUUUAAUUUUAAAGGAAUAUUAUUUUAUUUUGUAUGUAUCCAUUUGUUUUCUUUGUUCUUUUUAAACUUUAGUUUAUAGUGCAGUAAAAAGAAGUGCAAAGUGCAGGCUUUUGUUUGCCUUGUUAAAAUCUAUGUUAACAUAAAUGACAGAACUUUGAGUAUAAUUAUUUUGUAUUUAUGUGGAUAUGAAACAUGCACCAUUCAUUUUAUUGUAUAAUGAGUUUAAAUGUGUGGUUCACUUGAUGGUUAUUACUCUGUUGACCUUGAAGGAGAGGUCACAAGUCAAAUAUGACAUAAUAUUUGAAAUAUGGUAGUUUUUGACAAUGCACUCUUUCACAUUGUGCUUUCUAAGUUCUGAGGUUUUUUGUCAAUUUUCAACCAAUAAAUCAUUAAGUUGACCUUGAA